AUGCCGCCCGCGCUCACAUCGCCAGCGCUUACAGCGCACCGUCUAGGCAGCAAUGCCUCCGCCCUCCUCCCGAAGACCCAAUGCCGACACGCGACGCUGCUGCGGCGGCCGAAGCGGCCGUACACCUUCACCCAGCUCAUCACCCUCUCCGACGGCAGCACCUACAUGCACCGCACGACCUCGCCCGCCCCCGUCUACCGCAGCACCAAGGACAUCCGCAACCACCCGCUCUGGAAUCCCAGCAGCCAGAAAUUGCUGAACGUCGAGGAAGACGAGGCCGGGCGGCUACGUGCUUUCAGAGCCAAAUUCGGGCGCGGUUGGGAUGCUGAGGUUACUGAGGAUCUUGAGCAGGUAUGCAAUCAUACUCUGGUUAUUUUUGAGACAUUCACGGGCGGCCCCGGGUUCCUUUGGCAGGUGCUCGCGGAUUAUCGGACAUGA